ACCCUGCAAUCUAACGCCUGUUGUUUUCACCUCAGGCUUAACGCCUCGUUUCAAAAUGACUGAGGGAUGACGUGCGCUGAGGGCCGUUUGAAAAGCCAAACACAUGCUCAUAAAAUGUUAUUAUUCAUGUUUGUGUCCGAAGGUUUCUGUUCCGCAUGUGUUGUAAAUGAGAUGGUUCCUGAUGAUCCAAAUAUGGAGUAAUUAGAGUCAUUAACUCAGGAGUUGAAUUUGAAUGGACGGGGUCGGCGCUCUUCGGGGCGCCUCAUUAUGCAGGCGCAUUAAAAGAAAGCAGCGGGGGGCAAAUGGGUGGUUAAAGGUACGAACAAAAAAGAGGGGCAGGGACUGUGAGGAGGGCAAGGAUUGAAAUUCUAAGUGGUGAGAUGUCCCCAUUGUCAGUGGGGUAUAUAGCAGGCAGAGCAAACUCUCCGGAUGCAGAGCUGGCGACACGCAGAAGCUGCCUGUUAUUCAUCAGUGAAGAUCCAAAGGUCAGGAUUUAGAAAUCUCACAGAAAUGGCCUCCUCGCGCUGCAUUUGGAUUUCUCUGUUUCUUCUCUCGGCGUUGACAAGUGACACUGGAGUAUUUGGUCGCGCAGUGGACACGCUGGGAUUUGUGCCACAGUCGCCGAAAGCUGGAGAUGAAUCAUCUGGAGCAACUUUACGCACGGACGCGUCGAGGCGGUGGAGGCGGGGGGUCGAGGAGAAGCACCGGGAGCGGUGCGCGGAGCUGGCGGCGCCUUGGCUGGAAAACACACAACAAGCUCCAGGGGAUAACGCAACAGUGCUGCAACUCCGUGUGCGGCCCUUUUCCCCGGGGGCCUCCCUGGGCCUGGUGUUCCCAGGAAAACCUCUGUUCAGCUUCGUCCGCCGGGUUUACCACUGCUGUCAGGAGGGACUGAGCUGCAGAAGCGUCAAAGGGAUUCAAGGUCGCCUGAGAGGAGAAACCAAUGUGGAGUUUCUCCUCACCAGGGAGAUUUUGUCGUUGACAGUUACGAGAGCCGAGCUUCACCUUCAACUCUCCAACCCACAGCACCUGGAUCUCCAUCCUGUGCUUCCGUCCAUGGCAAAGCGCAGCCUCCCUACAAGGUACAGUGUGUGGUCUCGGGGCGACGUGGUGGAGCUGAGGGUGGAUCUGCUGUUCCUUUUCCAGAGUCUGCAGGAGGCGGCAGGUGGUGCUGGAGGGGGUCCCAGCUUGGUGAACAUGCGGCGGAUGGUGUUCUCUUCCAGGGGGGAUCCGCCAGCUCCUCACGCUCUGCAGGACACUGACGGAGAUGUGUGGGGGGAUGGGGUGGCCGGCGCGCUGCCUGCUCUGGAGCUGGGCUUGGUCCUGGGCUGCGGUCAGGCCGGAGCAGGUGUGUCCUGCGGAGGCGGCGGCGUUCACCUCACACACACACCUUUCAUGGCGCUCUACUACAGAUAGAUGAAGUCAAACUGAGACUGUGACUCUGCAUGGAAACAUUUUAUCUGCUGAAUUACUCUUUUCUAACAAAGGAAAUGAUGCACUUCAAUGUCAAAUCUAUUAAUUUAUAAAUGUUAUGUUUUGUAAAAUAUAUAUAUAAAUUUGUAAAUAGUGAAUAUGAUAUACUGUAAGUUUAUGGAGUCAUUCUUUGGUUAUUAAA